GGUAAGGAGAGUUCUGCUGUCUGCAGCAGACCAUCUGUCCUCCAAGUGGACGUUGGAGCGCUCACGCUGCUGUAAAUGGAGACACGGCUGGAGCUGGAUGUUUUGAUAUUCCCAGAUGAAGUGAGGAUUGUUACUCCAGAGGAGCUCACAGAAUGGGAGCUUGAAACCGCGAGCCAAGUGUCCAUACCCACCGUACGACUCUUUGUGGCACUUUACCCAUAUAACCCUGCUGCAAUGUCUCCCAACUAUGAGACGGCUGCAGAAGAGUUGCCUUUUGUACCAGGCCAGAUCAUCAAGGUGUCUGGAGACAAAGACUCUGAUGGUUUCUAUCACGGUGAGUCUGGUGGUCUCUCCGGUUACGUGCCAAGUAACAUGGUGGCUGAAAUCCCAGUGGAUGAUGAGUACCUGAAGCAUCUACUCAUACAGCAGGGAUUUCUCCCUGUGGACCACACAGAGCUGAGCAAUGUAGCCAGCAUCCCUGACGAUCUGGUUGUUCGACGAAUGGUGGCCUUAUUUGACUACGACCCGUGGGAAAGUUCACCCAACAUGGACAGUGAAGCUGAACUUGGCUUUCGUUCAGGAGACAUCAUGUACGCAUUAGGUGAAAUGGAUCAGGAUGGAUUUUACUACGCGGAUCUGCACGGACGACGAGGUUUGGUUCCAUCAAACUACCUAGAGCUGCUGCCCUGGAACUAG